GGGAACCCGCGGCUGAACCUGGCGUCGUUCGUCACCACGUGGAUGGAGCCCGAGUGCGACAAGCUCAUCAUGGCCUCCAUCAAUAAGAACUACGUCGACAUGGACGAGUACCCGGUCACCACCGAGCUCCAGGUACACAUGUCACCCCUCGAAUGGAUCGAAUCACUCCUUUUAUUUGACCCUGUACACGCUUCAAUUCGCCUUCCAUCAUCGUGCUCUCACAUUGGAAAGCCGGGCUUUUGGUCGGCCAAGCAUGCCUCAAGGUGCAGCUUGGAGAUGGCUUUAAUCUACUUCAUCAUGCCAUGCGACUCAUGCGAGCCUUUUCUUUUUAAAAAAAUACUACUCCUUUUUUUGGAGGAAAAAAUACUACCACUUUUUAGAGGAAAAAAAUAUUACCCCUAGUAAAGAGCGGUAAAUGUUGAAUGUUGAUAUAAAAAGGCCCAUAAGUAAAGUUCGGUUAGUUUUGGACCGAACGGUUAAUUCUGUAAAUCUUGGGCCGGACCGUUCCAUAGACUCGGAGAUUUAGUUUUUUUUUUCUCUCCGACACUCGCGUCCGGCAUUGAAUUACAGAAUCGGUGCGUGAACAUGAUCGCGCAUCUCUUCCACGCGCCGCUGGGCGAGUCCGAGACGGCGGUCGGCGUCGGCACGGUGGGUUCGUCGGAGGCCAUCAUGCUGGCCGGGCUGGCCUUCAAGCGGCGUUGGCAGAACAAGCGCAAGGCCGAGGGCAAGCCGUUCGACAAGCCCAACAUCGUCACCGGCGCCAACGUCCAGGUUUGCUGGGAAAAAUUCGCGAGGUACUUCGAGGUCGAGCUCAGGGAGGUGAAGCUGCGCGACGGGUACUACGUGAUGGACCCCGAGAAGGCGGUGGAGAUGGUGGACGAGAACACCAUCUGCGUCGCGGCCAUCCUGGGGUCCACGCUCAACGGCGAGUUCGAGGACGUGAAGCUGCUCAACGACCUGCUCGACAACAAGAACAGGGGGACCGGGUGGGAGACGCCGAUCCACGUGGACGCGGCGAGCGGCGGGUUCAUCGCGCCGUUCCUGUACCCGGAGCUGGAGUGGGACUUCCGGCUGCCGUGGGUGAAGAGCAUCAACGUGAGCGGCCACAAGUACGGCCUCGUCUACGCCGGCAUCGGCUGGUGCAUCUGGCGCAACAAGGAGGACCUGCCGGAGGAGCUCAUCUUCCACAUUAACUACCUCGGCGCCGACCAGCCGACCUUCACUCUCAACUUCUCUAAGGGCUCCAGCCAGGUCAUCGCGCAGUACUACCAGCUAAUCCGCCACGGUUUCGAGGGGUACAGGAACAUCAUGGAGAACUGCCACGAGAACGCCAUGGUGCUCAAGGUGGGCCUCGAGCAGACGGGCCGCUUCAACAUCGUGUCCAAGGACGACGGCGUGCCGCUGGUGGCCUUCUCGCUCAAGGACCGCAGCCGGCACGACGAGCUCGAGAUCUCCGACAUGCUGCGCCGCUUCGGCUGGAUCGUGCCGGCCUACACCAUGCCCCCCGACGCGCAGCACGUCACGGUGCUCCGCGUCGUCAUCCGGGAGGAGUUCAGCCGCACCCUCGCCGAACGCCUCGUCCUCGACAUCGAGAAGGUGAUGUACCAGCUGGACGCGCUCCCGUCCAAGCUCGCGCCGCCUCCCCUGCCGGCGCCGCUGGCCAAGAAGAAAUCGGAGCUGGAGACGCAGAGGUCGGUGACGGAGGCGUGGAAGAAGUUUGUGCUCGCCAAGAAGACCAACGGCGUCUGCUAGUGCCACUUGCACUACAGACCGUGGGCAUGGUGUAAGCUACCGAUAUUUUUUCCCUGAAAUACCGAGUGAGAAAUACGGUUAAUUCUAAGUCUUGGCAGAGUUUGUGGCUUAAAACUUUGCUUUGACUUUCCAUAAUUUGUGUAGUUGCUCUGCACUGCACUGCGCUGAUGAGUUUUGAGAGUACGAAAUGUUUCUUUGAGCGUUUUUUUUUUUGUUGAGUGGCAUAAAUGUGCUUAAUUCUGUCAAUUAUCAAUCAGGAGCAGCAUUUUUGUGUUCGCAGUCUA